UUGUAAAAGGGUUGGGUCAGUUCCAACAAUCUCAUGACUUCUGGGGAAGUAAACAAGGUUGGCAGGGAAGGUGUAGCCCGCACUGGGAAAACUGUCCUCUCUGCAGGCAAACAUUCUUCUACACAUACUGAACGAUGGCAAAUGCACAAGUGCCUGUUGUGACAGUCGGCCCAUUGGGAGACAGUCCAGUUCAGGUUGCCUGUCCUAAGUGCCGUCAGACAGUACUCUCCAAGGUGGACUACUCCUCUGGUUUGCUCACCUACCUUUUCUGUGGAGGACUCUUCUUCUGUGGCUUUGUUUUAGGUUGCUGUCUCAUCCCAUUCUGUGUGGACCGGCUGAAAGAUGCCAAGCACACUUGUCCUACCUGCAAGACUGUACUUGGCGUGUAUAAACGCUUAUAACUGAUAUUAGUGCUGCAACGAUUACAAUGAUUAAUCAGUAAGUUGAUCAACAGAAAACUAAUUGGCACUGAAAAUCGAAUAAGUGUUUUAGUAAUUUUUUUAAGCAAAAAAGCCCAACAUUUCCUGGUUUCAUGCUUCUUAAAUGUGAGAAUUUUAUGUUUUUCAUUGUCAUACAUAAUAUUAAACUGAACAGCUUUGGAUUUUUGGACUGUUGGUCAGACAAAACAUGACAUUUGAAGAUGUCACCUGGGCUGUGGGAAAUUAAUAGGCAGAUUAAUUGAUCAAAAAUAAUCGGUAGUUUCAGCCCUAACUGAUAUGGUGUCCUUCUUAGGGUUAAACCAGAGUACAGACAGCAGUUUCCUCCUGAAUGAACCACUGUUAAAUUCAGAAAAUUUAAUUAUACUGAAUCUGACAGUAAUGAAAGUUGCCUCUGUCUACUCAUGCCUCUUAUUCAGUUGUUAUUUACUGCCUUAAGAGUUUUACAAAGUUAGACUGGAGACACAGAUGGUGUUCACUUGCUUACAGCUCAGACUUACUUAUAUAUUCAUGAUGAUUUUGUCACUACAUUUGUUGUUGGUUUUACUGCAGAGAUGAAAUGAUGUGACCCUUUGUGACAACUUAUUCCCUUCAAACCCUUGAAUAUUAAUAAACUGUGACCAAGCAAAUGGUGAGCUUUGAUGACUGUGGAACAAUAUACAAUGUGCAUUUAUUAUUAAUCUCAUACAGCUCCAGGCAUGCCGUUUUCAAGGUAUGUGUUCAAAAUGGAUACACAGGAUUACAGCAACCCAAAUACAGCAAAAACCACCUUAAUUUUUCUGUUUAGCCUUCAUUUAUAACAUUCAACAUUCAUAACAUUUAAAACAACUGAACCACCAGGAAAAAAAGACAAA